AUGUCUUCCGAUAGGAGCAAGAAUGCAAUAAAUGUUCAGACGUGGUUAAAGUAUGGGCAAGCACGGUUUGGGGACAAUAAUGCAUCUGGCGAAGAAUCUGUGUUGCCAGAAAAUGUUAUUAUUAGUGUCAAGCAAGCGCAUUGGUCCGAGUUAUCAAGCAAGCGGAUAAAUGAUGUUGAUAAUUCUGGCAAAAGCACUGCCAUUACUUCUGCUUGGGAACCCUUUUCUGAAAGGCUGACAACCUCUGCUAUAAUAGAAAGAAUCCCAAGCAAAUGGCCACGCCCCGUGUGGCAUCGUCCAUGGAAGAACUACAGGGUCAUCAGUGGACAUUUGGGAUGGGUGAGAUCUGUUGCCUUUGAUCCAAGUAACAAAUGUUUCUGUACUGGGUCUGCGGACCGUACAAUCAAGAUAUGGGAUGUAGCAAGUGGGAGGCUGAAGCUCACACUGACUGGACACAUUGAACAGAUACGAGGCCUUGCUGUCAGUAGCAAACACACCUAUAUGUUCUCCGCUGGUGAUGACAAGCAAGUAAAAUGCUGGGAUCUUGGGCAGAACAAGAAACUUUUAAAUUGCUGUAUAGGUUAUCUGGUCCUACUAAGUGGUGUUUAUUACUUGGCUCUUCAUCCCACAAUCGAUAUAUUGCUAACUGGGGGACGUGAUUCAGUCUGCCGGGUAUGA